CGCGCGGGCGCACGCCGCGAUGGGCAAGACCGAAGACGCUGACUUCCACGCCGGCGUCGCGAUCGUCCCCAGGAAGGACGGCGUCGCGACGGAUGGUGGCGGCGGCGACGACGAGAAGGCGGCGGCGGAAGGCGGAGAAGAUCGCGGACAGCAGGAGAUGGCGCCCUUCCUGUCGCUCUUUCGCUUCUACGGCCCUCGCGAGAAGGCGAUGCUCGCGGUCGGCGUCCUGUUCUGCAUGAUAGGCGGCGCCGCGUUCCCCGUGAUAAACAUCGCGUUCGGGGAGCUGCUCGAUUCCUCCGCGAACAACGCGAACGUCAAGAAGACGACCGCGGACGCGUGCUUAUUCAUGGUCGGCGUCGCGUGCGUGUUGGGAUUCUCGCUGUUCGUCGGAUUCGCGUUCGUGUCUUGGGCCGCGUCGCGCGGCGCGAACAACGUCCGCCGCGCGUACCUCGCGUCCCUCGUCGCGCAGGACGUCGCGUUCUUCGACGCCGCGCGCGCGGGCGAGCUCGCGGCGGCGACGAGCGAGAAGGUUCAGAUUCUUCAAAACGGCACCGCGAAGAAGCUCGGGGAGUUUGUCCAGGCGACGUUCACCGGCGUCGGAGGUCUCGGCGUCGGGUUCUACUUCUCGUGGAAGCUCUCGCUCGUGAUCUGCGCGGGGUUGCCCCUCCUCGUGGUCGCGACGUACUUCUUAAUCAAGGCGACGACCGCGCUGACGGCGGCGAAUCCGGAUUACGAAAACGCCGGCGCCGUCGCGGUGGAGUCACUGACGUCGUCGCGCGUCACCGCGGCGCUGAACGAUCAACCGGCCGCGGCGGCGCGGUACGAGAGACACCUCAGAGGCGCGGAAGCGCACGCGACGAAGUGUCAGUGGAGGAUAUCCUUCGCGAACGGCGGUCUGUUUGGUUCCAUGUUCUUCAUGUACGCGUUUGGACUCUGGUACGGCGCCUCCGGGACGUCCCCGUGCGUCACCGGCGGGACGGUCAUCUUGGUGUUCUUUUCCGUCUUGAUCGGCGGGUUCAUGUUUGGGCAGUGCGGCGCGUCGAUCGAGGCGAUCAUCAAGGGGAGAAUCGCCGCGCGCGAGCUGUACGCCGUCAUCGACCGAAAACCCGCAGACGGGACCCCGGGGGCGGACGUCCGCGACCCCCAGGGCGUCGCGGUCGUGCCGAGCGAGGUCAGCGGCGCGGUCGAGUUCAAGGACGUGUGUUUCUCCUACGCCACGAGGCCGGUGUUCGUCGGUCUGAACCUGAAAAUUGAACGCGGAAGCACCGUCGCGCUCGUCGGCGAGAGCGGGUGCGGAAAGUCCACGAUCGGUCGCCUCUUGACGCGAUUUUACGACCCGACCUCGGGGAUGAUCACCUUGGACGGCGUCGACAUUAAGAGCGCGAGGAUCGACGACUUGAGAGCGUGCGUCGGCGUCGUCUCGCAAGAGCCUCUGCUGUUCGAGGCUUCCAUCCGCGAAAACAUCGCCGUCGGUCGCGCCGGCGCGAACGCGGCCGACGUCCCGAUCGAAGACAUCGUCGCCGCCGCGAAGGCUGCGUCUGCGCACGAGUUCAUCGCGUCGUUCCCGGACGGGUACGACACGAUCGUCGGCGGGAAGAACAGCAAACUAUCCGGCGGCCAGAAGCAACGCGUCGCGAUCGCGCGCGCGGCGCUGCGAAACCCGCCGGUGCUCAUCCUCGACGAGGCGACGUCCGCGUUGGACACGGAGAACGAGAAGAUCGUGCAAAACGCGCUGGACGACCUCGUGAAAGGCGGCGCGCGCACGACGAUCGUCAUCGCGCACCGGCUAUCCACCGUGCGCGACGCGGACGCGAUCGUCGUGUUGGGCUCGAAGGACGCCGCCGGCGGGAUGGCGGGCGGCGGCGCCGCGGAGGGCUCCGUCGUUCUCGAGCGCGGGACGCACGACGAGUUGAUGGCGAUGAAGGACGGGCGGUACCGCUCCCUCGUCGGUCUCGGGAAGUCCAAGGGGAAGGCCAGUUCUGCGUCUUCCGCGUCGCUCGCGGGCGCGGGGGAGACGCCGUCCGCGUCCGCGGCGGACUUGGUCAAGCUGAGCGCCGAGAAGGAAGAGAAGGAAGCCGACGAGAAGGACGACGCCGACGAGAAAAAGGCGAGCGACGAGGAGAAGCUCCCGCCAGUGCCAGCCGCGCGCAUCUGGGCGUACAGCAAACCCGAGUACAACGUCCUCGCGUUCGGCGGGUUCGUCGCGCUCGUGAACGGCUGCAUCUUCCCCUCCAUCGCGUUCGUGUUCGCCGAGAUGCUCGCGCUGUUUUACUCCCACGACACGGACCGCAUCUACAAGUGGGCGUACAUCUUCGCGGGGAUAUUCGCCGGCAUCGCGUUUUUUUCGUGGAUCGUCUCCGGGACGCAAGGCGGGAUCUUCGGCAUCAUCGGCGAGAGGCUCACGACGCGUCUGCGCGUGCACUUAUUCCGCGCGAUAUUACGCCAAGACGUCGGCUUCUUCGACGACCCCGCGAACUCCGUCGGCGCGCUGACGUCCAACUUGCGAACGGACACGAGCGCGGUGCAGAGCGCGACGGGGAAAUCCUUCGGCAGCGCCGUGCAAACGUUCGGGUCGCUCGUGUUCGGUCUCUCCGUCGCGCUCGAGGCGUCGUGGAAGUUUGGCUUGGUCCUCAUCGCGUGCGUCCCCGUGCUCGCGGUCGGAGAGAUGAUGAACAUGCAGAACCUCACGAACGGCGAGACGGAGGUGCUCGAGUCGUUAGGACAGAGCGCUUCGCUCGUCAGCGAGUCGGCGGCGAUGAUUCGCGAGGUGAAGGCGUUCGGCCUCGAAAAGCGCGUGUACGACCUGUACGAUUCGCUCUUGAACGUGCCGAACAAGGAGGAGCGAAACAAGGCGUUCUUCACGUCGCUCGCGUUUGGCGUCGCGCAGCUGGUCACGAUGUUGUUUUACGCGUUCGCGUUCUGGUGGGGCGCGGAACUCAUGUCGGACGGCGAGCUCGAUUUUUACGACUUCAUGAAGGCGCUGUGGGCGUUGGGUUUCUGCGCCGCGGGCGCGGGGCAGGCGGCCGCGUUCGCGGGGGACGCGCGCGCGGCGAACGUCGCGGCGUCGAGGAUUUUCCCGCUCAUCGACCGCGAGCCGGGCAUCGACACGAAGCCGUUCAUCGACGGCCCGCCCGGCGCCGUGGAGAGCGGCGGCGCGAUCAUUCCCCCGGACGCGUUUAAAGGCGGGAUCGCGUUCAAGGGCGUGCAGUUUUUCUACCCGCAGCGGCAGUCGAAGGUUCUGAACGGCUUGGACCUCGUCAUCAACCCCGGGGAGACGAUCGCGCUCAUCGGCCAGAGCGGCAGCGGAAAGUCCACCGCGGUGCAGCUCAUCGAACGCUUCUACGACCCGACGACGAAGUCCGUCCUCGACGGCGUCGACCUGCGCGACCUCGACCCGAUGUGGCUCAGACGUCAGAUCGGUUUGGUCGAACAAGAGCCGACGUUGUUCAGCGGCAGCGUGCACGAUAACAUCGCGGCAGGGAAGGGCGGCGCGGAGGCGAGCAGGGAAGAAGUCGUUCACGCCGCGAAAAUCGCAAACGCGCACGAGUUUAUCACCAAGAUGGACGGCGGCUACGACGCGGAUGUCGGCGUCGGCGGCGGGUUGGUAUCCGGCGGUCAAAAGCAACGCAUCGCGAUCGCGCGCGCGAUCAUCCACUCGCCGAAGAUCCUCCUCCUCGACGAGGCGACGUCCGCUCUCGAUAACGAGUCCGAAAAGCUCGUGCAAGCCGCGCUCGACGCGCUCCUCGCCGAGCGCGGCGGCGACCGAACGACGAUCGUGAUCGCGCACCGUCUGAGCACGAUUCAAAACGCGGAUCGGAUCUGCGUCCUGGAAAACGUCGGCGGCGGCGGCGCGAAGGUUGUGGAGCAAGGGACGCACGACCAGCUGAUGGCGAUCCCGGGAGGGAGGUACGUCGCGCUUCGCGCCGCGUACGACGACGCCGACGGGGAGCGAUGAAGCGAGCGAUGAAAAAACGUGUGAGCGGCGAGCGUUACGCGUGUGAAGAAGAGCGUUACGGGUGUGAUGAGUGUCUAAGACCACUCGAGGAAUGUUACUGUACUGUACGCC